ACCAGUAUUAUUUCUUUGUGGGGAGGGAAGAGGGUUGGGAUUGAGGAACCAGAUGGACCUUCCUGGGUAAAUCAUUGCAAGAGAGAGAGAGAGGGAGGGAGCAGUUGCUAUAUGAGACGGGACCUUCAUGAGCUGAUAUCACUUUGAAGGACACUUGCCUCCGAAGCCUUGAGAGCAGCAGGGUUCUUGUACAUUUUCUCCAUCCUCCUCUCUGGCCAUGCUAGCCAGGAGGCACCUCUGCUUGCCCGCUUUGGGCAUCCCGCGAAGCUGGAGAGUCUUCGACCGGCCUGACGAUGUCCGGGAGCUUUCCGGCCACCAGAAAGUCCAUUCCCUUUCCAGGGAAUUGUACCCUUCUCCUCUGGAAGGGAAAGCCGCCAGAGCAUUUGAUGAAAUGCCGGGCAACUGGAAGUCCAGCUGGUUCAACCUCUAUCACUACUGGAAGCAAGGGGGGUUCCACAAUACCCACAACAUCAUGAUUGACAAGUUUCAGACCUUUGGGCCGAUUUACCGGGACAAACUGGGCACCUAUGAGAGCGUCAACAUCAUUGAUCCAGAAGAUGCCGCGACUGUUUUUAAGGCCGAAGGACUGUAUCCCAAGAGAUUCAUGGUGCCUCCUUGGACGGCCUACCGUGACUUCCGUAACAAGCCCUACGGAGUGCUUCUCAAGAACGGAGAAGGAUGGCGUCAAGAUCGCCUGGUUCUAAACAAGGAAGCCCUGUCUCUCGAGGUGAUUGAGAACUUUGUGCCUCCUCUGAACGUGGUGGGAGAAGAUUUUGUCAAGAGGGUUCACGUACAGAUCGGACGGAGCCCGCAGGGAAAGUGGACGGCUGACCUGAGCAACGAGCUCUUUCGUUUCGCCCUUGAAUCCGUGUGCAGUGUCCUCUACGGCACACGCCUGGGGCUCCUGCAGGAUUACAUUGACCCGGAGAACCAACGUUUCAUUGAUGCCAUCUCCCUGAUGUUCCACACCACCUCUCCGAUGCUGUACAUCCCACCCGCCUUUCUACGCUGGAUCAACUCCAGCACUUGGAGGGGUCACGUGGAGGCCUGGGACACCAUCUUCACACACGCUGACAAAUGCAUCCAGAACAUCUACCGAGACCUCCGCCUGAACCGGAAAAACACCAAAGAGUACCCAGGCAUUUUAGCCAGUCUUUUAAUGCAGGACAAGUUGGCUGUCGAAGAUAUCAAAGCCACCAUCACGGAGAUGAUGGCCGGAGGAGUCGACACUACCUCCAUGACUCUCCAGUGGGCCAUGUAUGAAUUAGCCCGGGCUCCAUCCAUCCAGGAACAGCUGCGGUCUGAGAUCUCUGCAGCCAAAGCCUCUUCCCAAGGAGACGUCCUGAAGCUAUUGAAAUCGGUCCCGUUGGUCAAAGCUACCGUCAAAGAAGUACUAAGACUCCACCCGGUUGCAGUGACCAUCCAAAGAUACACAACCCAAGAACUUAUCCUGCAAAAUUAUUUUAUCCCUGCCAAGACAUUAGUCCAGGUCGGCAUUCAUGCCAUGGGUCAGGACCCCCGGUUUUUCACCAAACCCAAGCAAUUCAACCCUAUGAGGUGGCUGAACCACGACGGCAAACACUUCCGAGGGCUCAGCUUUGGAUUUGGGCCUCGGCAGUGCCUGGGGCGCCGGAUUGCGGAGGUGGAGAUGCAACUGUUCUUGAUCCACAUGCUGGACAACUUCAAGAUUGAAACCAAGAGAGGAGUGGAAGUGGGGACCAAAUUUGAUCUCAUCCUGAUCCCAGACAAGCCGAUCUACUUGACAUUACGGCCUCUGAACUCCGGUCCUUGAGCAGGAAAACCGGAUUGAGGAUCUCUCUCCAAGCAUUCCGAGAAAGGAACCCAUUUGGCCAGACUGUACCCAUAAUUUUGUGUAAAUACACUUGGAGUUUUGAUUCCAGCUUGUUCCUUAAUGUACCAGUUGGACAUCGGCACACAAAUGGGUAAUUUAAGGAUGGUUCUCUUGGAUGGGAAGAGCUUUCAGCUUUUGGAUGGCCCCACAACAUAAUUUAGAUCAAGCAAAACCAAGUGCCUUUUGCCUUAACAUCCCUGUAAUUUCAUGGUCAACCUUUUUAAAAAUCUCCUAUUGAUGAUUGUUGCGAACCUUCCAAGAUAUUUGGAAACAACGGCAUGGCAGUGCCAUGCAACCUUGUUCUUUGGUCCUAAAUGUUACUGAAAUGAGAAGAGAAAACAUCAACAGAGAUGGGAAUCUGUUAGCGAAAAAUGAAUAAACAUGCAUUCCAAUUGCA